GUCUUGCACUACUCUACACCAGUGCCUCCGCUGACAUCGUCUCCACUCACCAUCUCACGUCUCUCCACUCUUGACAUGGCGUUCAGAUCUCAGCGUUUCUCUGGCAGGUCUUUCUCUGCGGCCAGCAGCCGUUCGAUGGCUCCCGGCAGCUUCUCCAGCUUUGGAAGUCAGGCGAUGAUGGCUGGAGGUCUGCAGAGCGGCGCCGGCUUGGGCUUCAGAUCUGGAGCCAGUUUGGGCUUUGGGUCCGGCGCUGGAUUGGGCUUCGGAUCCGGUUUUGGGUCUGGUUAUGGCGCGGGUGGAGGUUCUCUCUCGGGUAGUUUGAGGAUGGUUGGAGGCUCUCUCUCGAGCGCAGGAGGUGGAGGCUCCGUCGGGGGGAGUUUCAGGGCGGGCGCAGGGUCUUUCGCAGAAGCCAUGUCCAACGUCAUCAACGAGAAACAGCAGAUGCAGGUUCUGAACGACCGUCUCGCGACCUACCUGGAGAAGGUGAAGCGUCUGGAGACCACGAACCACGAGCUCAACGAGAAGCUACGUGCGUUCACUGUCAACAGAGUCCAGAACAGCUUCAACCUGGAGCCCUACGAGAUCCAGAUAAAGCCACUGCGCCAGAAGCUUCUGCUUCUCAUGCAGGACCACACACGCAUGGCUUUAGCCGUAGACAACGCCAAACUGGCAGCUGAUGAUUUCAGAAUGAAGUUCGAGACGGAGCUGGCCAUGCGUCAGUCUGUGGAGGGAGACAUUGCCGGUCUGAGGACCCUGAAGAAGGAGUACGACUCCACCAACGCCAUCUUACUGCCGGAGGUCACAGGCCUGGAGAAGGAGUGCGCCGCUCUCAGAGACGCGCACCAGGAGGACAUGAUAGCCCUGCGUGGGCAGAUGAUGGGCACCAUGACGGUGGAUGUGAAGGAGAUCGAGAGCACGGAUCUGUCUCGAGUGCUGGCUGAGAUGCGCUCCGAGUACGAGAUGGCCAUCGAGAAGAACCGCCGGGAGGCCGAGAACUGGUACACCAAACAGGUGGAGAAGAAGCAGGUGGAGGUGGAGCUGAUCACAGAGACCACCGUCAGCGGCAGCUCCGAGAUCACCAGCAACCACAAACAGAGCCUGAGUCUGCAGACGCAGCUGGACACCGUGCUGAUGGAGAAGGGGAAACUGGAGGCGUUCUGAAGAGGUUUUCAAGUC